AGUUGUAGAAAAAAAUAGGAGGGGAGUACAUACGUUUCAGUCCCAGUUUCCUCUUCAUCUCCUAAAUCUAAAUCUAACCCAAACACAAACUCCUCCUCCCCCUCAAACUCCCCACUGAGAGUUAAACAGAGAAAAGUCAAAUACAUCUAAUCUCAUAGACUUUGAAAAACAAAACCCCAUCUAUAAUAACUUCAGUUGAUACCCUCUCUCUUAAGAAUUUCCACAAACACUUCUCCAGAUCUCUCUUUUCUCUCCCUCUCUUUUUAAACCCAAAUUCAUUCAAAAAGAGGAACAGAGAUUUAGGGUUUUGAUCUGAUUGAUUAUCAUCAAAGAUGGGGAAAGGAGGUGUAAAUGAAAGUGUUUUAAGGAAGAUUGUAUUAUCAUAUGCUUAUGUAAGUAUAUGGAUCUUCUUAAGUUUCACUGUAAUUGUUUACAACAAAUACAUUCUAGACAAGAAGAUGUACAAUUGGCCAUUCCCAAUUACUCUAACAAUGAUUCACAUGUCUUUCUGUUCUGGGUUGGCUUUUAUUCUCGUUCGUGUGUUUAAGCUGGUUGAGCCAGUAUCAAUGUCUAAAGAGCUUUAUAUCUCAUCAGUUGUUCCGAUCGGUGCUCUUUAUUCGUUGUCGCUGUGGUUUUCUAAUUCGGCUUAUAUCUAUUUAUCGGUGAGUUUUAUUCAGAUGCUGAAAGCAUUGAUGCCUGUUGCUGUGUAUUCUAUCAGUGUUAUGUUUAAAAAGGAGUCUUUUAAGACUAAGACUAUGGCCAACAUGCUUUCGAUCUCGUUUGGUGUUGCGAUUGCUGCUUAUGGUGAAGCUAAAUUUGAUUCGUGGGGUGUCAUUUUGCAACUUAGUGCUGUUGCUUUUGAAGCUACUAGAUUGGUUUUGAUUCAGAUCUUGCUUACAUCAAAGGGGAUCACGUUGAACCCGAUUACAUCGUUGUAUUAUGUUGCCCCGUGUUGUUUGGUGUUUUUGUUUUUCCCAUGGGUUCUUGUUGAAUUCCCUAUUUUGAAAGAGUCUUCCAGUUUUCACUUUGAUUGGUUGAUUUUCGGAACGAAUUCGGUCUGUGCAUUUGCUUUGAAUCUUGCUGUGUUUUUGUUGGUGGGUAAGACUUCUGCUUUGACAAUGAAUGUUGCUGGAGUUGUCAAAGAUUGGUUAUUGAUUGGAUUCUCAUGGAGGGUUAUUAGAGACACUGUGACUAUGGUGAAUUUGCUCGGAUAUGGAGUUGCAUUUUUGGGAGUUACAUAUUAUAACUACUUGAAGUUUCAAGCAAUGACCUCAAAAGAAGCACAGAAGAAGGUUCAACCAGCUGAUGAGGAAGAUGCUAAGUUGUUGGAAGAGAGAGAAGGGUCUGCAGUUGGAAAGAAAGAUGACGAUGAGGCUUAAUUUAUGUCGAUGUUUGAGAGGAUUUCAUUUUAAUGUUCAAUGUCGAGACCAAGAUUAGAGUAAAAGGGGUGAUUUCCGAGUGGGCAGAAGAUGGUUAUCUCAGUUUCUCUAGUUCCAUUUCCAAGCUCUCGUUCAGAUGGAUUUGGAGGCAGGUUUUCGAUAUGGGUAUUAUCUAUCUUUAUAAAUUUUCACUCUUUUAGAUGUGUUUCUUAGUUUUCUUAUUGUGAUCUUCAAGGAUCUUAGAGCUUACGGUUCUUACUUAUAGCAUUCAUUUUCUGUAUGCAAUUAGGGAGAGAGCGAAACUCUGAGAUCCUCUAAUUUUACUUCCUUAUUGUCAUUUAUUUUGAAUUACUGUAAUGAACAUGUAGGAACCCUACCAUCUAUUGGGAUAUUUAAAUACGUCUUUUGUUUCAGUGUGUUUU